AUGGCCAGGAAGGGGCCCCCCGCUUGGCUAUGCCGCCCCCCCGCCCCCCCCCUGACCCAGGCCUUCCCCAUGGAUCACCCCGAUGCCCCGCAGCCUGCACCCGAGUUUGAGGCACAGAGUGAAGUGCAGCCUCUCCCGGCUCUGGCUCUCGACAUCCCUCUGCAAGAGGAGAGGCAGGCCCCGCCCCAGCUGCCCCUGGAAAGGGGAGCCGACCCCGCUCGCCCUUCGGACGCCAUCCCCCAGCAUGAAGGGCUGCCCCCUCUCCAGGUUCCUGUCAGACAGAAGGAGUUGGACCCGCCUUUCCCCCACCAGAAGGAGAUGGCCUUCCCGUCCAAGCAGAGGGAAGGAACAGCCGGCUUCGUGGAUGACCAGCUCCCAGAGCCCGAGUCUGGGAGUCCGGCCCAUCACUGCCUGCACGGCCGGCCCCACGGGGGCUGGGGCCACCGCCUGGACGGCUUUCCCCCGGGCCGGCCUUCCCAGGACAACCUGGACCAGAUCUGCCUUCCCGACCGGCAGCACAUAGUGUACGGCCCCUGGAACCUGCCGCAGACGGGCCACUCCCACCUCAGCCGCCAGGGAGAGACGCUCAACCUGCUGGAGACCGGCUACUCCCGCUGCUGCCGCUGCCGGAACCAAGCAAACCGCCUGGACUGUGCACAACUCGUGUGGGAGGACGCGGUCACCCGGUUCUGUGAGGCCGAGUUCUCGGUCAAGACGCGGCCCCACUGGUGCUGCAAACGGCAGGGGGAGGCUCGAUUCUCCUGCUUCCAAACGGCAGCCCCCCAGCCACACUACCCGCUCCGGGCCUGCCCCAGCCACCAGCCCGGCAUCUCCUCGGGCCUCGAGCUGCCCUUCCCCCCUGGCGCGCCCACUCUGGACAACAUCAGGAACAUCUGCCGCCUGAGGCGCCUCCGCGCUGUGCCGCGCCACCUCCCGGGCUCCGGCCCGGUCCACAGGCAGCUGCAGGCGCUGACCCGGCUGGAGGGCGAGUUCCAGCGCUGCUGCCGGCAGGGGGGCAACCACACCUGCAUCUGGAAGGCCUGGGAGGACGCCCUCGACGGAUACUGCGACCGCGAGCAGGCCGUGAAGACCCACCACCACUCAUGCUGCCAGCACCCUCCCAGCCCUGCCCGGGACGAGUGUUUCGCCCGCCGGGCGCCCUACCCCAACUAUGACCGGGACAUCUUGACCCUUGACCUCAGUCGAGUCACCCCCAGCCUCAUGAACCAGCUCUGCGGGAAUCGGAAGGUCCUCAGCAAGCACAAGCAGAUUCCUGGGCUCAUCCACAACAUGACUGUCCGCUGCUGCGACCUGCCGCUGGCCGAGCAGACCUGCUGCGCGGAGGACGAGAAAUCAGCCUUCAUUGACGGGCUGUGCGGCGCCCGGCGGAACUCCUGGCAUGACACUGCCUUCUGCUGCGACCUGAGCCCCGGGGAUGAGCAGACCAACUGCUUCAACACGAACUACCUGAGGAACGUGGCUCUAGUGUCUGGAGAGACGGGGCCUGCCAAGGGCCAGGGGGAGCAAGACCCAACUCAGGAAACAGAUUCCAGCCCCACCCUGGAGCCCAAGAAAGAGUGAGUCACUCCGGAGCCGUGGAGGAUCAGAUUGGGGGAACCCCACCCCAUCUCGCCUCCCUUGAAUACUCAGUACAGUAAACACCUCUGGAUUU